AUGAUGCGGGUGUGCUGGUUGGUGAGACAAGACAACCGGCAACAGCGAAUCAAACUUCCACAUUUGGAAGCAGUCCUGGUUGGGCGCAGCCCAGAGACCAAGAUCACUGAUAAGAAAUGUUCUCGACAGCAAGUGCGGUUGAAGGCAGACUGUAACAAAGGAUAUGUCAAGGUAAAGCAGGUAGGGGUUAAUCCCAGCAGCAUUGACUCAGUCAUAAUUGGGAAGGACCAAGAGGUGAAGCUGCAGCCUGGCCAGGUUCUCCACAUUGUGAAUGAACUUUAUCCAUAUAUUGUAGAAUUCGAGGAAGAGACAAAGAGCCCUGGCCUGGAAACACCCAGGAAGAGAAAGAGGUCAGGCAGCAGCGAUUCCUUAGAAAGGGAUGCUGCCCAGGAAGCUGAGCCCAGUACAGGACUGGUACCUGGGAGUGACCCUAGCCAGUGCUCUGUGCCCACAAACAAGGGGACAAAUGAAUCUACCAAAAAGGAAUCAUUGGGCCACUGGAGCCAAGGCUUGAAGAUUUCUAUGCAGGAUCCUAAAAUGCAGGUUUACAAAGAUGAGCAGGUGGUGGUGAUUAAGGAUAAAUACCCAAAGGCUCGUCAUCACUGGCUGGUCUUACCAUGGGCCUCAAUUUCCAGUCUGAAGGCUGUGACCAGAGAACAUCUUGAGCUCCUCAAACAUAUGCAUACCGUGGGGGAAAAGGUGAUUGCAGAUGCUGCUGGGUCCAGCAAACUCCGCUUCCGAUUGGGCUACCACGCCAUUCCCAGCAUGAGCCAUGUACACCUUCAUGUGAUCAGCCAGGAUUUUGAUUCUCCGUGCCUUAAAAACAAAAAACAUUGGAAUUCUUUUAAUACAGAAUACUUCCUAGAAUCUGAAGCUGUGAUCAAGAUGAUACAAGAGGCGGGCAGAGUGACUGUCCGAGAUGGUAUGCCUGAGCUCUUGAAGCUGCCCUUGCGCUGUCAUGAGUGCCAGCAGCUGCUGCCUUCCAUUCCUCAGCUGAAAGAGCAUCUCAGGAAACACUGGCCCGAGUGA